AUGGUCGACCCGCGGCUCCAUGAGACACGGCAGAGCAAGCUGCUCUGCGCGGAGCUUCUGGGGGCCUUAGUGGUGGUGGCAUUGGCGCCUGUGCUCGUCUAUCAGGGAUGGUAUGCCUUCGUCUCCCUCUCGACGCUUCUGAUGUCCCUGACCCUGGUCCAAGUGGCCAUGAAGGCGGCGCUGCACAAUGGCCUGCCGUACCCGUAUACCUUGACGGCCCUGCACAUGUCACUGACGGUGCUCACCGCCUUGGCCACCGGCCCGCCGCGCUCGGGCGAGCUCGCUUUGGCCUUGCGGACGCUGCCGGCCUCCGUGGCCAGCGGCGCGGCGGUGUUGAUGCACAACGUGGCGCUGACGCAGGCGAGCGUGAGCUUCGUGACAAUGCUUGGGACCUGCACACCGGUGGUGACCUACUGUGUUGAGUUGUUCAUUGGACAUCGACAAGGCACCUGGAAGAGUGGGGUCCCAGUCUUGAUGGCGUGCGUUGGAGGUGCUCUCUGUGUCCGUGGCGAACGGAGCAGCUCCGUAGUGGCUCUGCUGCUGGUCCUCUGUGGAUGCGCCUCACGUAGCAUGAAAUCCAUCUGGCAGCAGCGGCUUCUGGUCCUUGACGAGCUGGGCCCGGCCCGCUUAGCUGCUUGGGGAGCCGCAUGGACACUCCUUCUCACUCUGCCAUUUGCGAUGGUUGUUGAAGGAGCAGAUUUCUUUCGACAUUUGCCCACGGCUUCAAAGCAUGCAACGGGCGCCACUCUGCUGUCGUGUUUCUCUGCCGUGCUGCUGAACUUGUCUCAGUGGACCUCGGUGAGAUAUUUGGGACCUGUGAUGCAACACAUGUUUGGCAAUCUGCAGCUGGUCUUUGUGCUUAUCUUGGCAGCUGUUUGGUUGGAUGAAGGUUGCACGGCUGAACAGGUGCUGGGCACCGUGAUUCUGGUGCUGGGCGUGCUGGUGGCCAAGGCUACGCUGCGACCAAGUCCACCGAUCUUCCCUGACUCCCGCAUUGGAAACUUUGGCAUCGCAAAAAGAGUCCAGCUGCGUUUGGUGACGGAAUUUGAUCCUUUGUUUGUACAGCACAGUGCUCAGACCCAGAAGGGCACCGUGACACAGCUGCCCAAAGGUGUGGACAUGCGAGAAUUCUUUGGCGACACGAUCCCGGAGAAGGUGGUGGUGGUUUCUGGCUUUAGGUAUGCCAACAGCCGCGUGGAGAAGGGAGUGGCGGAGGAACUUCCAGGGUUGCAGACGCAGCGUGAAGAACAGUCAAUGGCGCCGGCCUUCCUACAACGCUUUACGGGAGGCAAUCAGACUCCACUGCAGGCAGAUUUGAAGCGUGCGACUGAGUCAAAUGUGAUUGAAGUGCCCAAGGAUGUGCUCGCUCUGGUGGUGGAAGCCACGCGCUUGGGAGAAGAGGAGAGAAGGGAGAUCAUGAUGCACCUUCGGGAGUGCUUGGCAGAGCCACAGGGCAGAAGAUGGCGCCGAAUCUAUGCGGGCUUGGUUUUGAUCGAGGAGUUGCUGAAGAAUGGCGCUCCGGAACUCGUGACUGAGACGGCGGAAGGUCGCUACUUUGACCUGGUUCAGCGGUUGUCACUGCUGGAGAAAUUCGAAUGCACCAAUGACCUGAGAGUGCAAAACAUGGUUCGAACGAAGGCCUCCGGACUCCGAAGUGAGGUCGUGCCAAGGCUGGAAACGCAUGCAGAUGACCCGAGUCAUAAGCCAGCAAGCAGCAGCUACACCCGCACCGGUGACAGCACCAGCACGGGAACCACCAGCACUGGUGGGACUGCUAGCAGUGGUCCUGCA